AUGGUAUACCCUUACGAUCCUGUGCGCGAGGCGCAAAAAAUGAACACCGGCCGGUACCUGUCCACUCCGGAGGGCCGACCUUACGAUCUCGACUCCCCCUCUUCCUCGAAUACCUCUCUUGAUGCGCUGGCUGGUCCAUAUGCGUCAGAGGCGAGCUAUCUGCAGUACGCAUACAACGAGUGGCACGAAUGGCACACAACGGCAGAGACCAAGCACGACACUUCACGCACUCUCGCACACGCCCCUUUCCAUGUUGCGCCGCAUACGCUUCAAACUCCCCCUCACUACCUCCCGCCGCUCGAAGACCUGACAGCGGCGCUUCACUAUCGAUCCAAUGCCCCUGCGCCACACGUCAACGCUGAGGCAGGACCCUCCAGUCAAGCUGGUGACACGGCAGUGUUUACCCCGACCAACCUAUGUGCCUCGAUACCUACGCCUGAUCCUCCUCAAUCUAAGCCUGGUACUGACUCGCCCAAUGAUGGUUAUGAGGUCUCCGAAGGUUUUGUAUGCGGUGAUUAUGUCGACAUCAAUGCUUCGAGGGGUGACCCGCUUUUCUCGAAGCUAAAAAAUUGGGAGUUUUCUUGGGGGCGCCUGAACUACGAGUUGGAGGGACGCAGCGACGCGGACCAAAUAAUUUCACCGAUGGAGGUGGUGAUGAAUGAGGGAUCGGGCAAGCUCGCGCCACUCGGCGCACUGCGGCGACAACCGACUUUGUUGAGCUUCUUCCCAACUCAGUCUUUUCCAGUACCAUCCAGGGAUAUGGUCCACUCGGCUUCUUCCUCGACAAUACCUCUCCUACCGGAUCCAUCCUCCUCUUUCCCUUCACCAUCUGCCCUUCCACCUCUUGCCUCACCCGUCGCAUGUUCCCACGAACGCAUUCUCAGGAGCAAUGUCUGCGAUGCGCGCAGCAUUCCGCAGGACGACGAGAUCUGGCGGAAGGAUGGGAAACGCAAGAGGGUCAUCUCCAUCCAACAUGCAUCCGAGGACGCGAGGCCUACCAAACGCGCGAGGGGGACUUCCGCGAUAACCCUUCGGAUUGCUCCAACACCCUUCGGUCUUCAUCACAAGGGCAAGGAGGCGGAAGAUCCCGCUCAACCCGCUCGUACCCGCGCCGUUUCACAACAACCGUUACGCCUACAUUUACGGAUUCCCCCCCGCCCCGUGUGCACGCCGAGGGGCGAAAAGAGGAACGGUCUGGCGCGGCGGUCUGACGCACCGCCCAUCAACCUCGCCCCUGCACCUCGCCGACGCAACCUGCGACCGCGCAAAGCCAACUUUACGUACGCGGGGAUGUGCUAG